AUGCUCGGCUCCUCCAGCAAUCCUGAACCGCCACUCCUCUCGCGGAUAAUCGGAGUACCCCCACCGCCUCCGCCUCGAGCCCCGACUACAGCACUUGUACUUCGCGUUCCAACAGUUAACAGUCCUUCGAAAAAGAAGCAACAACCGGAUACUAGGAACAAAUACCAGGAAACUGCGCUAAGAGACAAAAAGACUCGGACACCACUCGAAAAAGCCAGACACCUUGACAAUCUUCCCUCGUAUCAGGCCCAAAAACUCCUAGACGGUUCGCAUCAACUUCGCAUCGAUUCCCAUCACGUUGGAACCGCAGGUCACGGUGCAGGACAAGGGCACGGACACAAGAAAGAGUUCGGACCUGCCAUGAUUCUCUAUUAUUUGGCAUCAGCAUUUCGGGCGCUCUAUCCGCGUCUUGAUGAUGAUUUUGUCGACAAACUAAACUAUUAUUACACAACUACGAUAUUAGCCUCAUUCGCUCUGCUGGUCUCUGCCAAGCAGUAUGUCGGUUUUCCCAUCCAAUGCUGGGUUCCGGCCACAUUCACCGAUGCAAUGGAGCAGUACACUGAGAACUACUGCUGGGUCCAGAACACGUACUGGGUUCCCAUGCAGGAGGACAUCCCACGUGAGAUCUAUUCUCGCCGGAACCGACAGAUAGGAUAUUAUCAAUGGGUGCCAUUCAUUUUGGCCAUCGAGGCGUUGUUGUUCUAUGUUCCAUGCAUUCUCUGGAGAGGAUUGCUUUAUUGGCACAGUGGAAUCAAUCUCCAAGGACUUGUCCAAAUGGCCUGUGACGCUCGUCUCAUGGACUCUGAAGUCAAGACACGUACCGUCUACACAAUGGCACGUCACAUGCAAGACGAGGUUCAGCUAACCAACAUUGAUCGUCAAGGACAUAGUAGAAGUUGUUUCUCUAAUCUCCAAUUAGGUGCAAACUGUGGGAGACACUGUGGUUGCUACGUCACCAUGCUGUACAUAGGAAUCAAGGUUCUUUACUCCGCAAACGUGUUGCUUCAGUUCUUUUUGUUGAAUCAUCUCCUUGGGUCUAACGACUUGGCUUAUGGAUUCUCUUUGUUAAAAGACUUGAUGCACGAGAUCGAGUGGGAGCAGACGGGAAUGUUUCCAAGAGUCACUCUUUGCGAUUUUGAGGUACGAGUUCUGGGUAACAUACACCGCCAUACUGUCCAGUGCGUGUUGAUGAUCAACAUGUUCAAUGAGAAAAUCUUCUUGUUUCUUUGGUUCUGGUUUUUGACCUGUGGAAUUAUUACUGUCUGCAACACCAUGUACUGGAUUCUUAUCAUGUUCAUUCCAUCCCAGGGUAUGUCAUUCGUCCGUAAGUAUCUCCGUGUCCUUCCUGAUCAUCCAGCAAAGCCAAUCGCUGAUGACGUUACUCUCCGCAAAUUCACCAACAACUUCCUACGGAAAGAUGGCGUUUUCAUGCUCCGAAUGAUCUCUACCCAUGCUGGUGAACUCAUGAGCAGUGAGCUUAUACUUGCUCUCUGGCAGGAUUUCAACAAUGUUGAUCGGAGUCCGACGCAGUUUUGGGACGCCGAGCACGGACAGGGGACGAUAGACUGA